GGCCAGCGGCGCGGCCGGGCGAGCCCCUGCAAAAAAGAAAAGUAUAUGGAAAUUGGUGCUACAGGAACUACUAAAGAUGUAGCAGAAGAAUCCGUAUCAGAUGAUGACAAAAGGAGGAACUAUGGUGGUGUGUAUGUUGGACUGCCCUCGGACGCACCUGCCAUGGUUUCCAGCCAGACAAAAACUGCACCAAAAGAUUAGAAGGAAAUGAACACAUCAAGAUCCAAACAGCUGGAGUCUUCUACUGACACCAGUUGCCAGUGCUUCAGAGAGAGAGCUAUCUGUGUGCUGAAGAUUUUUGUAUUUUCGUAGCCUUCCAGAGAGCACGAGAGAUCAGAGCACCAACAAAAAUCGAAACUGUUGCAAGUUACAACUACGGGUAAAGCUUAAAGUACAGUGUUGAAUCAGUUUCCUAUGAUGGUUGCAAUAUGGAAACCUCCUGCUGUUCUCCAGUGAAAAAUGAAAUUAAUGAAUCAAUGAACUCAUGGUGGAUGUUUCUGCACAAGAGCUAACUUUGAUGAUCUGCAACUUAUUUCUCCGUGGCCAUAUUGCAGAUUUCAUCAGCUAUCAGCUACGCUUCAUAUAUUUUCUCCAACAAUUUUUGAUAGAUUUUAUAUAGAAAACCAUUACUACUGUUCACUUAAUAGUUCCUAUUAGGUUCCUAUUAAUUAAUUGUUAAUUUACUUCAGAGUAAUAUAUUUGACAGGUUUGCAUCUUUUUGGUAAUAUUGCAAAUUUUAAUAUUUUUGCUGUGAAAACUUCAGAAGAGGAUGAAAUAAAUGUAAGACCAUUGGGUUCUUUAUAAUUAAUACUGUCACUUUUAUACAGUGAGACAAAUGUUAGUGUUUAAUUUUCACCUUUCAAGAAGAUAUUGCUCGAGGAAAUUUAUUUAAACUACAAUGUACUCCACUGUAAUAUUUACAUGUCUGUUUUUAUUUUCUUCAGCUUUAUCUCUUUUAUAAAGCAUUACAUGGAAAAAAAUACUAAUGAACCAAA